GGUCAAAAAGUGCGUGCACAAAAUACUACGUGUGAUACUUAAUAUGCAACGGGAAAAUGAAAAUGGCUACGCCGCCUACUCUGCAAACACUAUCGAAACACAAAUAUCAUGAAGCCUAUAGAGUGUACAGUAGAUUGAGCAACAGAAAGAAAAGUCUAGUCGAAUGGUUCCGUGGAAAUACACAUUUGUUGGCCGACGCCAUUGCAGUGUCGAUGUCACAGGAUACGGAAUUGAAACUGCUUAGUGUUGGAGGAGGGGACGGUCAUGUGGAAAGGCAGAUCUUGUCCUGUCUCAGAGACAGUUUAGGAUAUGACAAGAUGAAUGUUACCAUUGUCGAGCCGGAGGCAAGCAGCAUUCAACGCUUUCAGGAUGUAGUUGCUAAAGAGCCUCUAUGUGGCGUCAAUUUCGACUGGAGAUGCCAGCCUUUUCAAAAAUACGCGAAAUCCGAAGAGGCGAUGAGCGACAAGUUUCACAUCAUAACUUGCAUCAGUAGUCUUUACUUCUUGGGAGACUUGGACGAGGCUUUGACAAAUCUGUACGGCAGACUCGAGGAUGGUGGUAUUCUACUACUUGGGGUGUCACAAGGUGGAAUUGGUUGGGGAAAGCUGGUGGGGUAUCUCCGAACCAAGUUGGAGAGCAGCCCACUAUUCAUCUCAUCUUCGGAAGUUCAAAACGCAUGCAAGAACCUCAACAUGCCCGUCUCAAAGAUGCACGUCGUCAAGACGUACCUAGAUGUCUCGAUGUGUCUAGACAAACCCAAUGACCAGCUCUCACAAGACGGGCAAGCUCUGCUGGAUUUUAUGACGCGUAGAGAGGACUUCGUUCGGCAAGCACCGCCGGAUUUGCGGGACGAGCUGCUGAGGUUCUUGGGCAGCGAGUGCUCAGAAAGGGGUCCGGCUGGGGAGUUUAUACUCGAUGAAAGCACCGUCUUAGUUGUCGUAAGUCACAAGGGAUGAGUUUGAACGUUUUAAGGAAGGGUUAGCUUCUCUGAUUUCGAGGCAUAUAGGAUCAUUAUUUUGUAUUUAUCGCAAAUGUAACCAACCGAAAUAUUAUCCAAAAGCUUACUACUUUAAAGAUCGUACUAUAGCACUGACUCCCCUGUGAAAUUAUUUCGUCUGGCUUGCUGUCAUGUAAAAGAAAAAGGUUUCUUCGAUAAAACGGGAGAUGUCCU